AGCUUCGCGCAUAUGCGUAAAUUGUUUUAUAUUUUUUGAAAGCCAAGAAACUUAACAUUUGUGUAUGAACGUGGAGUGCAGUCGGAUGUAAUUAAACGCGAGUGGAAUAAAAUAUCAAUCAAAAAUAAUUGCGGGCGAAUUGGUCAUAACUAUUUGCGCAGCAAUCAAAAUUUUGCGCUGUUUUGGUUUAUUAAGUCAGUCUCAGCCGCAGUUGGAAGAGGAAGAACAUAGGAAGAAAACAUCAUCGGUCGGUCGGUCGGCUGCUCUGUUAUCUCUUAUCGCGGUGACCAGUUGUUCAGAUGCUUGGGACACUGAUACCCGCCCCUUAUGCGUUUAUCAACUUGUUGCGGGUGCGGGCUUCGUUGCAAUAUUGAUACUUCAAUAAAUAUAAUUGACAUCAACUGAUGUCAUUGGGUAACAUAUUCAUAAUUCCUUCAUCUUUAUUGGGCCCCAAUUCAAGUGUCGCAGUUGAAUAGAAGCACAGCUGGCGGGCGCAAAGCAGGGGUGGCGGAAGUGUUAUUGACGCAAUUGUUGAAAACUAUUUUUAAUAGUUUGUGGUUGGUCACCCCGACGGCAAAGGGCCACGGCUACGAUUAUGGGGACGGUAACGGGUGGUUAAGACUGAAACAACAAGUCACAACGAGCGUUAAAGCAAAGGCGUAGAAAAUAAAGCUGGGUAGGCAAAGAAGAUGUCAAAAAUGUUUAAAACUCAUAAAACAUUUACAAACGAACAUAAAAAACGAACAAGUACACAGCAACUGAGCGUAAAGGUGAAAGUGAAUAACAGAACCAAUUUGGCGCCGCCAUCGCAGCCGCUGUUAUAGUCGGACGGGCGACAGACAGCGAACGACAGUCUGGAACGUGGCCAGCGUUCCCACCAUCAUUAACCACUACGACUAUCGGAAACUCAAGGGCGAGGGCGCUUUCAACGGUCAAGUCGCACACAAUGGAGCGCCGUCUUCCGUUGUUUCCAAUUGAGCCCGAGCCGCCCACAACACCCACACAGCGGCUGACACUGUUGGCAACCCGCAUGCUACGUGCACUGCAAUUAAACUGGAACAUUAUCAUUUCCGGCGUCACUUUAACGCUCCUGGCCGUCAUUUGGUACUAUCCGACGUUCUUCUUAUUUUUUGCGUUCGUCAUCUACUCGCUAGUGCUCGUGUUUGCGGCUAUCGCCGGCACCGUCUAUAUACACUACAUAUUCACAACAAACGAGCCAACAAAACCAAGCCGAGCGCCCUCGAAGCUACUAUAUAAUGCCACAAAAAGCAACAUCUUUGAUCUGCCAAAACCCAUUAAGAAUCCAUCGAAUUUACCUCUGAUAUUUGGCAAAACAGUCGAUCUGCAGCUGCAGCAGAUCAUUGAGUAUGUCCUGCGUGAUUUUAUGCUCCCUUGGCUAGGCUAUGUGGUGACCAAACCGAAGUUGAUUAAUGAUGUAAUACGCGAAGAUCUGUGGAAUGCUGUACAAAAGAUACACGAACGCGCCACCAAAAUUGAUGCAGCCAAAAUUAUAGCCGUAGACAUGGUGAAUCGCGUGACAGUCCAUCUAGAGAAAAUACGUAUAGCUGAGGCUCGAGCCGCUGAAACGUCUAGUGCCCCCGUAUUUUCCACCAACUCGUAUCUGGUUGAUGAGGAGCAGGAAAUGGAGUUUUUGCGCAAGCUAUGUGAGAUAAUGGUAAUACUAUUGCUUCCGCGAGGCUACUCUUUACCACCCUUGAAAGUGUUGCUAAGCGAAAUCUUAUCUUUCAAGAUAUUGUUUCCCAUGAUUAAAAUGCUCACGGCACCGGACUACAUCAAUCAAAAGAUUGUUCAGAACAUUGAGACGCGUCUGGCAGCGGCAGCCAUAAGUAAGCGGAGCUACGAAUAUGCCGCCAGUUUCGAGGAGUUCCUGAAGAUAAUCAAUAGUUCGGGCAAUUUGGAGGAACUCUCACUUAUACGCAAAAGCAUUGUGAACGACUUGAUGCAUGCCACAACAAUGCAGAAUCUACAACGUGCCAAGGGCCUGGAUCCAGACGCUGACGAUCAUUCGCUUUCCAAGGCAGAGCUGACGGCAGCGGUGCGCUUAAAACGUUAUGUCCAGCAAUUAACGCUGGCGAAGGCGCAGUGCGAGAAGAAUUUGGCCAAGUUCGGUUGGAAUGGCAACUACUCCAGUGAUAUUGAUCUGACGUUGGUGGAGAUAUUGAAUACGGCUGUGGGUCGUCGUUAUCUGACGCUAUUUUUGGAGCCGCUUAAGGCCAGUGCUUUAAUUGGUUUCUAUAUGGCCGUAGAGGAAAUCAAGCAUGCCCACAAAUCUGCCACACAUCAGCUGGGCACUGAGAUCUUUUAUACAUAUAUACGCGUCCCGAAGCCGGAAAUACAAAUUGACAAGCAUGAGCGAAAACUAAUAGAGACAUUCUUGCUUGGCGAUGCUGGUCCAGACAUAUUCUACGAUAUACAACGCAACAUAUUGCGUGCCCUGGAAGAGAAAUACUAUCCGCCAUUUGUGCUGAGCGAGCAGUAUCGCCAGCUAAAGGAAGCGCUGGAUUCGAACGAAUUUAACGAUCCCACCUUGAUCAUGUGUGACUCACUUACCGAUGGUCAGGAUGACGAGCGAACCACCGCUGGAGAUGGCGUCAAUGGUGCUGGGGGUGCGACUGCAGCUAUUGAUGUGGCGGCACAUACAUCGUAUGCCCGGAAAAAGCUCGAACAAAUACAGGAGCGCAUCGAUAAGAAGAAUCAGGCAUUGGAUGCUCUCAAAUAUUCAGUCAAGCCAGAGUCCAAGGUGCUGCAAAUACUCGAAAAGGAAAUGGAGUGGCUUAAGAGCGAGAAGCGACAAACUGAGGCCCAUUUGCGACGCACUGAUGCAUGGACAGAGCAUCUGGGCAAGUGGAAGGCAACCAUACAGAGUGUGGAGGUGUCCGAUGAAAAGGAAUCUCUACAGUUUAUGAUAUUAGUUCAUGUUGAUGAGGACAUCAACGCUCCUCCAAUGCUGUCCGCAAAAAACGGCGGCAGUAACGGCAAGCCCGAGAAACGUCCUUCGGGUAUUUCUAGCGGAUGGGUCGUAAUGCGAUCGCUCAAUCAAGUUCAUGACUUGCAUCGAAAGCUGCGGCAUGUGAGCUCAAAUUUGAAAUCCCUAGAUUUGCCCACAAAUUUUAAAUUAUUCUUUUUAAAAACGGAUCGACACGCCCUCGAAAAAGCUAAAGGACAAAUACAGAAAUUUUUGAAUUUUAUACUGGAAGAUGAUCAUCUAAAUGGAAGCGAGGCUAUUUACACGUUUCUUAGCCCCAGUUCCGAUCAUUUAAAAGCCACGCUACCCUCACCCAAAAAGUCAAAAUUCUCACUCUCCACCCUUUUCAAGAGCGAUGCGACCAAAGCGCACGAGACAAACAAGGCCACUGAUCCGUUUUGGGGCCUGCAGCGGGACGACGAUGAUAUUUCCACCUACUUGGAUGGCGAAACGGGCAACGAUGCCAAGCUGUUGGCGGAUUUGGAUAGCAAGGACUCUAUAGCGGAGCCUCUGUAUGCACUAAUGGGUGAAAUAUUUGAUAUGGGCGGCGUCUUUAAGUGGCUGCGCAAGAGUAUUAUAUCAUUUGUGCAAAUCACAUAUGGACGCACGAUAAAUAGACAAAUACGCGAGUCCGUGGCAUAUUUGUUUGAGGAGUCCAUGUUGCACAAUUAUUUCUCGGCCCUGCUCAAGUCAUUCUGGCCCGGUGGCGUUCUGGCCUCUGCCUAUCCGAUACGCUCGGAUGACAUGAAAGAGAUGACCACCAAUGCAGCCAAGGCACUACUCAUGGAUCAUAUACCCGAAGUUUUGUGUAAUCUGGUCGGUGCUCAAGCAGCCAAACGUGGCGUUCUAAAGGUUUUUGAUGCGCUGCAAAAUCCCACAUACAAUAAGCAAUUGUUUUAUGAGCUGCUUGAGAUCCUGAUGAUUGAAUUUUUCCCUGAAAUACGUCAACUGAAGGUGUCCCAUGCGAAUGGUACGAAGCUAACAACAGCGUCGGCGGGCGUGGCAGCCGUCUCAGCGGCAGCAGCCAUUGCAGCAGCAGCAGCGCUGCCAUUAAACACACACAAUAACCAGGCCACUGCGGGCACCAGCAGCAGUCUCACUCAGGCACAGUCGCUCCACCGGGAGCGUGCACAUGCCCACGACCAACAUUACCACCAAUCGCAGCAAUCGCAAUAUCAUCAAGGACAGCAGCCACCCCACCAGCAACAUCAGCAGCAACAGCAUCAUCAGCACCACCAGUUACCACAGCAGGCAAUGUACUCAACCACACAUGGAAGUGGAACGAAGUAGAAUUUCAGCUGAAUUAUAAGAAUUAGGACAUUUGUGAUGUUUUCUCGGCGUUACACAAGACCAACCUCAAAAAUGUCUAGCUUUGUUGUUGAUUAUAGAUACUAAUGCUCUCUAUUAUGCUGUUAACCCAUCCACCUUUUUUUUGUUUAUUUAUUUAUUAGCAAAUUUUAGUACUUUUGUUUCUAUGUCUGGCACAUAAUCGUACAUUUUAAACUAAAAUUAUUUGGCUCUUUAACCAACAACAACAACCUGUACCAAAUCAAUUUGUGUGCUAUUUUUAUCAUAACUAUGUAUGUAUGUCUAUGGUUCUAUAUCUUUUAAAACAAAAACACGCCACAAUUUGUUGUAAGUUUAGGCAAAGGGGCUUAAAAAACAGCUGAUGUGUUGUAUAUUUAAUUUAUGUUUGUUAAAAGUGUUGCUUUAGCCAAAUUUGUUUGUUGUGUAAGUAUUCAGUAUUAAGCGAUAUACCAAAUUACUGUUGAUAUUGUAUAUUCAGUAUAUAUGUACACGUUUAUGAUAUUUGAAUCACAUUCGACUCGGUUAUAUUUAUUUUUAUAUGAGCUGUUCAUGUAUUAGCGUGUAUUGUUUAAAACUCGAGCGUAUUACUACAUUAAGACAUUCCCCUUUUACACACACCCCGCCAGAAGAACGCAGAGUCUAUCUGUGUUGUAAACAAUUUAAUAAAGAAAAAUAUGCAAGCAUA